AUGAACAUCCGCGAGCCAAAAAACAAACUCAUACACCAGAAACCCCAUUCUUCAAAAGUGCCACCAACUCCGACCCCUAGCCCACUGUUCCAACAGUCGGAACGAAACUCGCCUCCACCAAAACGGAGAAACAAACCGAACAGCAUGAGCAGCAACAGCAACAACACUAUAAGUGAUCGUGUCUGGGCCCAAGCCGUUCAUUCUGUCGUUGAUCGCCGUCUCACUUUGCGUCAAGCAUCCCAAACAUUCGGGCUACAACAGGCAGCACUGCAUCGUCUCGUGCAUCAGCACACGCUGCAGCAAUUCCGGAAGACAUCGUCGACCCGAUUGCACAGCACAAGUCCGACCAAUAGCGAGGACAGUCGUUUAUCGGCGCUGGCCAUUGCCAGUAGCAACAAGAACACUGAGCCUUCCAACAAGCACUACGUGUUUCCACGCUUGAAUUCGGUGGUACUUGGUCAUAACAGCCCCAGUGGCAUGUCACUGCCGGUUGUGACACCCUUGGCCGUCAUGGUACCACCGCCCGUGUGCGAACUCACACCCGAGAUCAAUGAUGAGGUUGUCGCGGUGCUACGAGAGAAAUUCAUGCCGCAGCAGUACGACGAGUACGAGACAAGUGAUGGACGCUAUGACAGACUCGAGGGCUACGCAGACACUGACAUUGCGGACGUGGCACGCGCCAUCGUCGGACACAACGGUCGUCGCGCUCUGCCGCCGAAUUUCCCGUCUGACAAUUGGCUUGCCACAUUUAAGCGUGAGAACGGCUUUGUCGACGUCGACGAUAUGGUCCGUUGUGGGGACAGAACAAGUAGCGGGAACCACUCGAAGGUGCCGUCGCAACGCCAGCUGCAGAGCCAUAACACCAGCAAUUACGAGCUUGAGCUGCAGAAGUACGAGCUGGAGAAGCAGCAAGAUCAUGAAGACCAGGCACACUGGAUCCAGGGCCGCAAGUACCGCCAACCGGCUACUCCGCCUUCACCAUCACCACCGCAACACAGUCCGAUACAACGGCACGUCUCGUACGUAUGGGACGAUGCCAAUGGGAAAAUGGAUGGAACGAGCCGUGCGAAGCCGCUUCAGCGUCUACGCUUCUACCCACUGCAGCAUCAAUUGCGUGAUAAUGGCAGGUAUCGCCGAAGCCCAAGUGCAGGAAGCCGAAACAGUCAUUCUGACAGGUAUAGCCUCCCUGACAGCACCAGCAGCGACCGCAAUUACCGACAGAGCAACCUCGUGCCGGCCAAGGUGUGGGAAGCAGCAAUGGAGGAUGUUGCUAUCCAUGGCAUGAGUCUACGCAACGCUGCCAAGGCCCAUGGGGUGCACUUUGCGGCACUUCAUCGCCGUCUCAAGAAACGCCAGCAACACAAAAUGAGCAUGCCUUGCGAGCCCAACUAUAUCCCCUUCGAAGACGAGGCCGGCGUGGUUCGUGUCAUUCAUGCACGCGCGGAAAUGGGCGUUUUGCUGACAUUCACAGAGUUAGUGGACCUGCUUAAGCGCACGUCGCUCAAACACCGCUCGCAUCUGCCAGAAGACGUUGCAGCGGCUCUUGUGCGUAGAUUUCAGUCUCGCGUGGAGCAUUCUGUUCGCCACUUAAUCGUUGACUGGCCAGCUCUGCCGAACAAUGUCCUGUACCGACUUCGUGACACUGGCAGCCCCGAGGCUGACAGGUGUGGAUUAGCUGGUGGUGUUGCUGCUGCUAACGUUGGCAAGAAUAGCUUGCCUUCCAUCAUCAGUAGAAGCAGUGAAGCUACGUCGCUGUCAUCGUCGGGGUCGUCUUCGUCCUUGUCACCGCACGUGCAACCGGUUUCAGGUGUAUCCUUUCCCGUGCACAAGUCUCCGGUAGACACUACAUCAACAUUAGCGUGGGAUAAUGUGAAGGCAGGCAACAAAACGAAUGACGACGAUGUAAACGUCUCUGCAGCAACUGUUUCGCCUCCUUCUGAUGACAAUGAGACGGCUUCCCGCCAGUCGUGUGUGAUUCUUCGCCUGUGA